AUGUCAAUUUUAGCCAGACUUUGCUGCUGUGCCGCUUUUCAGCCCUCGAUAGUCGUUGUAAAUGGUCAGAAAUACAAACUCCAAAGACUACUGGGUGAAGGUGGCUCUUCGUUUGUAUAUCUCGUGGAAACCCCAGGAAACGAGCUACUAGCGCUCAAAAAGACCCGAUGUCCCUUUGGCAGCAUUGGGUCGAUAUCGCCAGCCAUGAAAGAGGUUAACAACUACAAACGGUUCCAGAGCCCUUACAUUGUGCAGCUUGUGGACUUUCAAGUCUGCCAGGAGAAGGAUGGGUCUAAGACGGUGUACAUUCUGCUCCCGUACUUCUCGAAGGGCUCACUUCAAGACGAGAUCAACAGACACCUAUUGAACUGUACGGAAAUGCCCGAGCUGGACAUCGUACGACUGUCAGUGGGAAUGGCACGGGGUUUGCUGUGCAUCCACGAGGCAAACGUGAACGACGACGCUGACGUUACCUACAGCAUCGUGUCUGCUCCAUACUACGAAGAUGCUUCGCUGCUGAACGAUUUGGAACUAGACACGUUCGGGGAGUCUCAGCAGUCGUAUGCUCAUCGCGAUUUAAAACCGGCAAACGUCAUGGUAUCACCCGAGGGAAUGCCGAUAAUAAGCGAUCUGGGGUCCUGCACUCGUGCGCUUGUGGAGAUCAGUUCCCGUCAGGCGCUCCUCCAGCUCCAAGAAUGGCGUUCGGAACACUGCACGUCUGCUUUCACGGCUCCCGAAAUAGUCGACGUGCAACUCAAGUCUGUUAUCACCGAGAAGUGUGAUAUAUGGUCUCUGGGCUGCACAAUCUACGCCAUGUGCUUUGGAAUCUCGCCGUUCGAACGGGAAGAACAAAUCAGCGGUGCGUCCAUCACUUACGCUAUUACAACAGGGAAAUACACAACACCGCCCGGUACAAAUCGCAGCCCGAAACUCAUCGAUAUUAUACACAAAUGCCUGAAGGUGGAUCCCACUGAGAGACCCUCGAGCGGUGAGCUCUUGACGCUUUUGAUGGACUUACAAGGUGAGCUUGUGUCGUGA